AUGGCGUCCGAAUUCCAGAAUACGUGGCAGACUGCGCUCGAAGCCGAGAGGGAGCUCUUUAAAAGUCUCGCUGAGAAGGAGCCUACGUUUGUUGGAACCUCACACUACCUUUCGACACUCCGCGCGGCUUGCCAGAAUGCCAUACUACAAGACUUCGAAUCUGCUCGCUCCAUCGAUGUUGAAGGUCGACUAUGGGAUGCGCAUCUCAAAAUCAAUAGUCGGUUUCGCAAACUGCUCUCCCGCUAUCGCGAGGAGAAUGGGAAGAAAAAGAAACCAGUCGAGAAACGGAAACUUGAGAAACAUUAUCUGGAAUUCAUCAAAUCCAGCCAGCGAUUCUACCGGGGGUAUAUCCAGCAACUGUCGUCGCAUUUCGGGGGCAUACCUGAACUGGAGAAAGUUGCGCGGAAAUUUAACCAUGAAAACCUGUCGGCGCAGUCCGCAGUUCAAACAGCGGAAGAAAGCCUUCGAACUCGUAUCCUCCAAUCAUGCCAUGCAACCGUCAUCCGUCUCGGUGAUCUCUCGCGCUACCGUGAGACCGAGCUUGUCACCAAAGAUCGCAAUUGGGGUCCUGCCAUCGGAUACUAUGACCUGGCUAUGGUGAUCUACCCGGCGUCUGGCGCAUCACAUAACCAAUUGGCUGUCAUUGCGCUCGCCGAUGGCAAUCACCUCAGGGCCACUUACCAUCUUUACAGGGCACUGUCCGCCCAUGAGCCCCAUCCAUCUGCUAGGGGCAAUUUGGAGAUCGAGUUCAGAAAGGUCAUGAGUGCGUGGGCAAAGAGAGAAUUGAUCCGCCCUGAGGAUGCCGGUAUUCCCGGCAGGGCCUUGGCUCCUUGGUUUGUGUAUCUUCACGCUCAAUGCUACAAGGGUGUUGAUUUCCCCGAACACGAUGAAUUGGAGAGUGAGGUUCUCAGUCAGCUUGCUGUUGACCUCAAGGAGCGUUCUCUUGAGGGCACUCUCCAGAAAUUUUGUUUGAUCAAUAUUGCUGCGGAGGAUUUUGCCAGAAAACGUUCUGACGAAGAUUCUUCAUCCAACGCUCGCCUCUUUUUCCAGCGGAUCAAUGUAAAAACGUUCUUCACCUUGCUUCAGAUUCUUUUGGCUGAAUUGGAACGAUUCGCGGUCGAAGACCAGGACCCCAGCAACAAAGACGGAAAGCCCAGUCCUGAAAAAGUCACCGUUGUCGCACGUCGCGUCCUACCCGCUCUUCGUAACUACAGCUCCUGGCUCCUCACUGUCAGUUCUCUACUGGUGGCGUACAAUAAGGAAGAUACGCCAUUGUCUGUCCAGAUUGCCGAAUUCUGGAAGAUUUACGCCAACACUCUGACACUGCUUGCGUUGACAUUCGAAGUGGUUAAUCUUCCGGACAUUGAUUACCUCUUGGAGGAAGACGAGGAGACGCUCGGUUUUGCGCCGCUGGACCAGAAGGCUGCGUCUCGUAGAUACUUGGAUGCCAAUGGACAGCGCAAACCGCGAGUACACGAUGAAGGAGUGGAGCGGAGCCAUCCGAGUAUCGAAAUGCUUUAUCGAAUUCGUGAAUUCGUCAUUGACGGUCUUGAUCUUGUUGUGGGAAAUAAAAUACCGAUAGCGCUCGUGGACGAUAACGACAAGAAGAGCUUCAUCUACAAGGAAGAGGGACUCCCAUCUCAAUUCUUCGCCAGCCCCUCUAAUCAUCAUCACACGCUUUCAUCCACCAGCAUCGGACGGGACGAUAUCCAGCGAGCAGUGCAGGACUCCAACCACAUUGCCGACUCCAGGAGUGUUUAUGAUGGCUCUCAGUCCGCCUCAGCUUCCAUGUCUGAGAUGCACCGCAUCGUCGAAGACGUGGAAAGACUAGUCGAGUCAGACACCUACGAGAAUGCGCCCAAUGUGUCCGAACAACCAGGCUUCCUCAACAACAGCCAACUGCCGACUCCCUCUGUCAAUCUGUUCGACUCUGAUCGGGGCUCUUCUGCAUUCCGGAAAGAGAGCAUGAUUCCCCGCAGCACACCAAUGGCGCCGCCCGGCCUCGGCCCGCCAAUGACCAAUCCUGCUGCUCCACCGUCGUCGCAGUCAUUCACGCCCCUGCCCUCGAUUCUGCCCAGCAUCUGGAACACCGGUCUUUCUCCAUCCGGAGAGGCUUCGUCCCUCGGAACUCCCAGACCUCCUGGUUUGGACCAACAGCCAAACUCGAUGUACCAGCCAAGCAUGAAUAUAACGACUCCUGGUUUCCGCCCAUCCCAAAGUUCGCCAUCAUCCGUGGUACCCGGUCUCAUGUUCUAUCAACAACAGCAGUUGCUGCGUAACCAGUACCCGAACCGCCUCAAGGCAUCCGCUCCCCUGUCCUCCCCAUGGACGCCAUCGUCACCACCCAGCAGCAUGCCCAUGCACGCCCGCUCCUCGGGACUAGGCGCAGGCUGGGACAUUCUUGCCUCCUCCCCGGCGCCAGCUCCUUUCGGGCCGUCCGCACCCGCAUCUAGCAAUCCGAUGCCGAGUUCCAGCGCAAGGGCGCUAGCAAACGCCUCCUGGCCCAAUGACGCCUUCAUCGCUAGCAACAGUCACUUCCCACCUCCUUCGAUGGGAUACCCCGGCGGACAUGGGUACAGUCCAGGAUUCGAAAAUAGCCGCAGAUCCGGAACGCAGCUUGGUGCUAUUGGUGAGACGCCGCCUUGUGGACAGGGUGGUUGA